UUUUAAUUGACCUUCAGAAGGCGCACAAAUCCGAAUUCGGUAGGUAGUUGAUUAGUUUCUCGUCUUUACUGCAUAUAUCUCCAGACAUGUCUUCAGGUAUUAAACCCUCAGCAAAAUGUGAAGCCACGUAUAAAGAACUGAAAAUGGACCACUGUCACCGCUAUAUCUUGUUUAAAAUCGUUAAUAAUGAAAUAGAUGUAAUCAAAAUUGCUCCUAGAGGCGAAACUAUAUCACAAUUUCAAGAUGAAGUUGUGAAGCAUCAACACACGGGGUGCUAUGGUGUAUUAGAUUAUGAAUGUGAAGGUGUUAAAGGAUCGAACUUAAUAUACUUCUCAUUAGUGUCCGAUUCUGCACCAUUAAUAGCAAGAAUAUUACAUGCGACAACGCGAAUGACGCUGAAAUCAAGUUUCGACGGGAUAAAAAUUGAUAUUGAGGCUCACGACAUCAAUGAACUUAUGGAGAAAUUAAAAACCAGUUCAGCUACAGAUAAAAGAAAAAUUCGAUAAAUUAUCAAUAUUAAAAGACCAUCUUUUGAGUCUGCCACAAUGCUAUAAAGUAAAUAAGAUUUUAAUGUGUAUACUGUUUGCUGUCUUCAUAAAUCGUCGUAAAAUACAAGUCGGUUUUUUCCACG